GAAGAAGAAGUCAACAGAACCGUCACGUUCACACAUUCACAGACAUUUACAGUCAUUCUAGUGCGUCGGCCGCGAAAAUCACGAAGACAACAAUUAGCUUUUUGGCCAUAAUUUAAUACAGUUUAGUGAUAGGUAUGAGGUUAGCAGUGUGGUUAUGGUUAGGUUCAAAAUCACAUUUUUUAGAAUAUAAAUUGUAGAAUUGGGCGGGGUUUAUGGAUUUGGUAACGAUUUGUGUAGUGCUGCAGGGCAUUUUCAAGGUAGGCACAUCACCUUGUGACAUUCACAAUAUUAUGUGCAGAGAUAGGCUCGGUUUGUGUUAUGUGAGCAAACGGUUUCGAGGCGGGUAAAGAGGACGUACUGGACGUUGCAAGUGAGUCCUCAGUAUUUGCCCCAUGCAGCUACUAUACUGUAGCUGUCAGUCGAUUGAGCUUGUCAGCUGUGGUGCCGCUUUCGUUACCCACAUAACGGUACUCGUUGGUUGCAUUGGAUAUCAUAUUCGUUUCUUUCCAGGUGAUACACGGUCGAAUCUUAGAUACAUUCAUGGAUUUAUUUAGAAUGUCAGUCACCACCGAAAACGAUACUCUGUAACCUGCCUUUCAAGCCAGCGACAUCUUUCCAGGAGAUAACCAUUGAAGUUCUGCUUUCAUAGCCCCUGAAGUAAUUUCCUAACCAAGAAGACUGCGCUGUCACAAAAGGCCAGCUCUGUGCCAGGCAAGAUGACCACAGCCAGGUAUCGGCCCACCUGGGACCUGGCACUGGACCCGCUGGUCUCCUGCAAACUCUGCCUUGGAGAGUUCCCGCUGGAGCAGAUGACCACCAUUUCUCAGUGCCAGUGUGUCUUCUGUACACUAUGCCUGAAGCAGUAUGUGGAACUCCUGAUCAAAGAGGGCCUUGAAACUGCAAUUAGCUGUCCAGACUCUGCCUGUCCAAAACGAGGACACUUGUUGGAAAAUGAGAUUGAGUGCAUAGUGGCGACAGCGAUUAUGCAGAGAUACAAGAAGCUGCAGUUUGAGAGGGAGGUGCUUCUGGACCCGUGCCGGACGUGGUGCCCAUCGUCGUCGUGCCAGGCAGUGUGCCAGCUGAAGGAGAUGGAGGUGGCGCAGCCCCAGCUGGUGAAGUGUGCCGUGUGCACCCUGGAGUUCUGCUCGGCCUGCAAGGCUAACUGGCACCCCGGGCAGGUCUGCCCACCCCAGGAGAACAACCUGCCCAUCACCGCUUUCCUACCCGGAGAGACCAGCUCCUUCUACAAGAGUGACGAUGACGAUGGUCCCAUCAAGCGCUGUCCCAAGUGUAAGGUGUACAUCGAGAGGGACGAGGGCUGUGCCCAGAUGAUGUGCAAGAACUGCAAACACGCCUUCUGCUGGUACUGUCUGGAGUCACUGGACGAUGACUUCCUCCUGAUCCACUAUGACAAAGGGCCCUGUCGAAACAAACUGGGCCACUCCAGGGCGUCUGUCAUCUGGCACAGAACACAGGUGGUGGGGAUCUUCGCUGGCUUCGGCCUUCUCCUGCUGGUGGCCUCUCCCUUUCUCCUCCUGGCCACGCCCUUUGUCCUCUGCUGUAAGUGCAAGUGCAGCAAAGGGGACGACGACCCCCUGCCCACCUAAACCCCGCCUCGCUAAGCAGGCGGCCAUAUUUAUUUUACGUCCCUUUCUUCCGUUUUCUCCCUCCACGCUUCUGGCGGUGCUUCAUUUAACGGGUCUGGGGCCGAGCUGCACCGUCUCGGCCCAGCCGGGUCCCGAUCCAUCUCGCUCGCAGUGUCAUGGUGGGAGAGGAGGAGUUGUGUUGACCCUGUGCUCCCUGGCCUGGUGGAAGAUGGGUUCACAGAGGUCAGACUUUGUGGACGACAACGACGCGCCUCUCUGUGGGCUUGGGGGCCAUGUGUCCGUUUACUGUAGCAGGGCCACGCUGAGGCCUUGAGGUGAGCUACAGGCAGUGGUUGUAGUACAGAACCGAAGAAGAAGAGGAUGUUUUAUGAAGAGAAGAGGGAUAAAGACGUGAUGUCUGAAUCCUCUUGUUGGAGACAGUUUCAUGCAGGAGCUGCUACUAUUGGAGGACCUUCACCUGAACUCGUUUCAGUCGAGUUUCUUGUUUUUGUUGGUUUGUCAAACACAAAGCUUUCCCCCCACCCCUCUACUCUCGCUUUUUAUCUCUCAACAUACAGGAAAUACCACUGGAGUUACGUUUCUACAAACGUUUGGUGUUUACUCUGUUUGCACAUUAAAGACACUCCAUUUGUCGCUUUAUGAACCGGGGCGGAAGUCAGGAGGUUUUCUGUCUCUCACUCCCCUGUACAGCACGUUCUCUUGGUGAUGUCUGUGUUUCUGUCAUCUUUUGCUCUGUUCCCACUAUCAGCAAGAAGUUAUUGUUUUUAAAAAAUGGAUUUGAUCUCCUAUUUCUGUCUUUAAAAAAAAUAUAUAUAUAUUCAUAUAUUCAUAUUCUUACCCCCUUUUACUCCCCAAUUUCGUAGUAUCCAAUUGUUAGUAGUUACUGUCUUGUCUCAUCGCUACAACUCCCGUACGGGCUCGGGAGAGACGAAGGUCGAGAGCCACGCGUCCUCCGAAACACAACUCAACCAAGCCGCACUGCUUCUUUAACACAGCGCGCAUCCGACCCUGGAAGCCAGCCGCACCAAUGUGUCGGAGGAAACACCGUACACCUAGCGACCUGAUCAGUAUGCACUGUGCCCGGCCCGCCACAGGAGUCACUACUGCUCGAUGAGACAAGGAUAUCCCUACCGACCAAACCCUCCCUAACCCGAUGGACCUCCCGGGUCGCGGCCUGCUGCGACAGAGCCUGGGCUCGAACCCACAGUCUCUGGUGACCUUAGACCACUGCGUCACCCGAUAGGUCUACGUGUCUUUUUGCGAGGGUGUCCCAAACGCCUUCUCACAGCCCAAAAAGAGGGACUCCUGGUCCUGUGUUUACAAAGAGUCUCAGAGUAGGAGUGCUCAUCUAGGUAAGACAAAACUGAUCCUAUAUCAGUACUCCUACUUCAAGACACUUUGUGACCAUGGGCCCUGAACAUUCGUCUCCCCAUCCACACAGACGUGAACAAACCGUCUGGAACUGGUUCUGACUUGUGUUGUCGAAUGGAAUAAUUUAAUAUCAUGGGGUUCAUUCUGAGUUCCUCUCAACUCAAAUAAGAAUCAUAUUUAGCCACAUAGCAACAAAUGGCCUUAAAUGAAUAAGAAACAAAGCCAAAAAAGCCACCUCCCAGUAUUCUGAUGAAGGGGAAAAAAAACGUCUUACAAAAACACAUGGCCAUUGUCCAAUUCCGUCCUUGUGAAAGCACACCUAAAAUAAUGAAUUUGUUCAAUGCGUCAGUCAUUCAUUAAAACCUGUCUAUUUUCAGGUGGAACAUAGGAAAUGAAAUUGUCUCUCUGAUACAAAGAUGUCCUAUUCAUAUGAUCUAUAUUACACUGAUGUUGGUCAUAUAUCCAACCUCUGUAAUGAACAAUAAUCCUAUACGAUGUUUUUAUUUAUUUUUAUGGUGUGAGUCCGUGGCAAACUUGCAUAAUGUUAGUGGGAUUGUUGUCAGCGUUUUUGUUGGGAGCGAGUCGAGAGCUCUCACUACAUGCAGCUACUGCAACCUUUGCAGGGAUAGAAAAUGUCAAGAACUUCACUGGACUGUUUUAGACACAUCUGAAGACUGCUCUACACAUGACUGUAUCUAUGCAAGUUUGUACAUUUCCUAUCUUUAGUAUCUUAGUCUUGCUAACAGUGUGGUCAUAUCAAGUGGUCCAGUAUGUUAUACCAGAUUCCGUGUGCCAUGAUCACGUCAUACGGUAGAAUUUCACAAAAGGGAGGUCGACUUAUAUCAGACAUACUGAUAGUUUUCUUUUUUUUUUAAAUCUAUCAUUAUUUUCCCUUAAGUUGUUCCCUCAGAACUUGUGGUGAGGGACAUUUACUGUAGCUACACCAUUUCUCACUCUGAAACACAUUUAAACUCAAGAGAUCAGUCAUUGGCGGUCCGCCAUCAAUAAGCCACUUUGGAACACAUACAAUAAAUCCUGGGUGCCAGUCUGUUUCUGCUCUCUUGCCAACUCCGUAUGAAAUUGUCAUGCAAAACUGUCUUGACAACGGAUUAGGGGAAAGCACAAACAAAUCCGGGACUACUGUAGACUACAUACAGAAUACUGAGAUACUCUUCUCAGAAAUCCCUGAUUUUUUUUUUUUUUUUUUUUUGAAUUUUGCUCUUCCAUAUUGGGCUCCACGUAGCAUUCAAAGAGUGGGUAUGACAGUUACUGGAACUAGCAUUAGCCAUUCACCUCUAGCUUAUGGUAGCCACCACACACAAAGAAAACAUUAGCCUUAACUUGUAAGUACCUCGUACCUUUUAGCCUCAUCCUUUUCUGCUAACCCUUGAUGCAUGUUGUCAAAGACUCGAGUUAAACAACAAACAACAACAAAAACAUUUCAGUUGAGCUAAUUUACCCUCAUUUUCUGGCAGUAGGGAAUACGAAAGGUCCCAACUGAACAUGUGGACCACUGAGCUGACCGUGUCUUUGUGUGACAAUCAUGCCAAGCAAGUCUUGUGGGUGGCGAUUAGAGAGUGACUAGUUUCAAGCAUUUUAAGAUUUGUAACAUAAAAGUGGAGAUCUUGUGUCUGUAUGGCCAGUGCCAGUUGCAGGCAUGAUCCAAUUAGGGUCUCAACUUACUAUUGAGAGUAAGAAUAGUAGAGUACACCAAGGUGCCAUUUUGGAAUUUGGUUGUGCAUUAGCAGUUUUUCUCUUCAUAUCACUCACUGACAGUCAAUUAGCAAUGUCAGUUAACAAUUUUCAGAGUGGUAGUUAGGCUAGCCAUCUUUCUGAACUCGUAGUGUUCAUGGCCGCAUACCGACCGGGCCCUGACCUCCAGGGGGCCCCCGUUUUUGAUUUUGUUGGUCAUUCUCACUCCGAUAUCAUAUAAACAUGGCAUAAGUCAUUAGAAAAUGUUUAGAAUUGCAGUAAAUUGGCUGUAAAACGGAAAUGUUUUCUCCAACUCAUGGCAAAGUAUGUAGAAUUGCAGAAAAAAAAAACAUGCUUUAAAGGUCCAAUGCAGCCAUUUUUAUCUCAAUAUCAAAUAAUUUCUGUGAUUGUUUUAAAUUAAAAUUUAAACAAAGAUGGCUUAGCUAAGAGCAAUUUCUCAGGCAACACUUUUGUUAGGGAGUGGUCUGAGUGGGGAGGGGGAAACUGAAAAGUAGCUGUUAUUGGCAAAAAAGGUUUGGAACUCUCUUUCCUGUUGGUCUAUUUACCGCAUGGUGUUGUCACCAUGGAAGGCCAAAACAACAUUCCAUGAAAACAGGAUGAAAUUUCAGUGUUUUCAAACAGCUUAAACACUAAAAGGGAAUUAUCAUGUUCACAAUUUCACAGUAUUAUUCUAACCUCCAUAGUGUGGAAAUUAGGUCUGUCAAACAAUGAAAAUAAUGAAUUGCGAUUAAUCGGCAGUUAUAUCGAGGUAUUCAGUCACAGGCAUUCAGCUUGCUAGCUAACAUUAGCAUAACUAGAACAACUGUUAUCUAAAAGGAAAAACGCCUGGGGAUGUGUGUAUAGUUCAACUUUCUGUACGUUUUCCUUCAAUUGUUGCUCUAAGCUGCGUGAACUGCAGGAAAUUCCCCAUCGUCAAGAUAGGGGCCACUAAAAUGUGUUUUUUUUCCGCUAGGUGGAUUUGGUCCCUCAACCAAAUCUCGUUUAGGGCCCCAAAAGAAUAGAGUCGUCCCUGCCGAUGGCAGGGGGAAGUUAAUGUUGGAAAGUUGAGCUUUUGAAGACUCUACAGUAUGACGGUGUACUCUUGUUUCUGUUUUCAAGAUGCAGUAUGUUCAUUAAAUAUUGCCGUUCUCUCUAGAAAUGUGUAAAGCUGUCACAGACACUUUUUGUUGUCCUUAUUAAAGGGGUUCGUUCGCAGAUUGUAAUUUUAAGAAAUGUAGCCUCUAUUUUCAGGCUUCCUCAUCACUCUGAGACUUGGGAGGAUGGCAUUGCGUGACUAUAGGGGAAUGCACAUUCAAGAGAAGUGGAAACAAGCUCUUGUCAUCCAUUUGGUUUAGAGGGGCUUUGAGCUGAGAGAAUCUUGAAGGCUUGUCACAAAGUCCUCCGACUCAACUGAUUUUUCCAGUAUGCCAAUCAAACUCCGAUGACUCGUACAGUCAUUAGUGUUAUCAUCUGGUUUCUUUCGGCAUUAUGCAGCAAAGGGACACAAAACGUUGAAUAAAUCCCAUUCACCUCGAGGUGAGACCAAAGCCUGUUGCACAAUUAUAUUCUAAGGCUUCAAACCUAUUUUGCUCUUUGUUCACACUUUUGGGCUUCUAAACUAUAUUUCAACCUGUUAUAUCAGAUGAUGACACUGCUCUUGUUUUUAACAUUGCAUGUUCUGCUCUCUACCAUUUGCUAUAUAUAUAUAUAUAUUUUUUUAAAGGUCAAACUCUGCCUCUUAAUUUUAGGGAGUCCGAAACAACAUUGUGAAUACAGAACGUUUGACGGUUUCAGUCAUGACGCACCCUUUAUCCUGGAUUUUAAGUUUGACUGUCACACGUACCGUACUUGCCUUUGUGUUAUACUUGUUCUGUUGGCUUUGAUGCCGUAAAGCAUACUGUAAUGACUUGUAUUUGUGUUAACUGUGGAAGGAAUUAAUUUUUCCAACUUUUCAAAAGAUGUAACCGUGUAAAUUGGCAUGUGUGGACAGCAUUGUAUAAACACAUUGUGGUUCUCCCAUGUAUCUACUGUUCCACUGACACUGUGAAAUGGAAUAAAUGUGGUUGUUUUUUUGUGA